AACGUCGGCUGGGCUGGGCGGCCAGCUGUCGGAGAGCAGGACGAGCAUCUCCAGCUUGGUGCUGAAAUCAAGUGCAUUGCGGAUGGUUUUCAUCCUCGCACAGCAGCUGCAGGAUGCAAUAAAGGUCUAAGGUGGUCUUGAAGGGCAGAUAUGAGUCUGACAUCCUGGUUCCUGGUGAGUGGCGGGGGGACACGCCAUCGUCUCCCCAGAGAAAUGAUCUUUGUGGGAAGGGACGACUGUGAACUCAUGCUGCAGUCCCGCAGUGUUGACAAACAACAUGCUGUCAUCAACUAUGAGGAGGAUACAGACGAACACAAAGUUAAGGACCUGGGAAGCUUGAAUGGGACUUUUGUCAAUGAUGUGAGAAUACAGGAGCAAAUGUAUGUCACGCUGAAGAUCGAUGACAAACUGAGGUUUGGUUACGAUACUAACUUGUUCACUGUGGUUCGUGGAGAGCUACAUAUCCCAGAGGAGGCCUUAAAGCAUGAGAAGUUCAGCAGCCAGCUUCAACUCAGUCAGCUCAGGAGGCCUGUGGAGGGGGAUUCGUUAAAAUCAGAAGGCAAACCCCCUGAGGCGGCGGCGCCACAGUGUGAGGGAUCCUCUGCUAACCCCCUGGAGCCCAGCCAGGCAGAGGAAAAGAUGACAGGGGAUGUAGCAGUGUUACACAGGGGAACACCCCUAUACGGACAACCUGCCUGGUGGGGAGAUGGCGACAAUUACCAACACCCUGGAAGGCCUGAAGAAAAGAAUUUGAAGCGGGAUAAAGCUCAAACUGACACCAAGAAGAGUGCAGAAGUGUCAAAGUCUGCCAAGUCUACUCAGGAGCCAAGCUACUUUGAAAUCCCCACAAAAGAUGCUCCAUCAGUGGGUAAAUCAAGUGCUGAGGAAGCAUCCCAAGACCAACAGGUUGGUUCUUCCUCCACUGCAGAGACUGUCCAUGGGCAUGCUUCCUUCACCAUUGAAUUUGAUGCUGGAGCAUCAAGCAAAGUGACGGUAAAAGAUCGCGUGGCAAAAUUGGCCAUAGACACAAGACCACGCCCAAAAAAGGGCGUGGGGGAGGAGCUGAGUCCACUUCAGACAGCCAUGGUGGCAUCAGAGGUCAAAGUUGCGGAUUGGCUGGCCCAAAAUGAGCUGCCUUUGACGCUCAAAGAAACAGCUGCAGAAGAUGGCGGAGAAAGUGUGAAGAGCGAUAUACCUGUACAGUUGAGGAGUCUGAAGGACAGCAAACAUGAGGAUGGAACACAGAGUGACUCAGAGAAUACACUUGGUGAGCAACGCAGGGCUGCUGCACUGGAGGAGCGAACAUGGGGCCUUUGGAGCGGAGCAGGAAUGAAGAUCAGGGAAGGGCGAGCUAAUGUUCCAGAGGGGCUCUUUGCAGAAGAAGAAAGCCCUGCACGCCGUCGUAGGCCUUCAAGUACAAAAGUGGCAAUUAGCUUUAUGGAAAGGCAACAUGGUGGUGCGCCUCAUCAGCAAAGUAGUCAAGAUGAGUGCUACCACCACGGAGAUGACUGUAGUGACAGAGGGACAUACACCAUUGAGCUGGAAAAUGGAGAUCAAGAAGAAGAAGAGGCUAGAAAAAUGAUUGACAAGGUUUUUGGUGUAGAUGAAGCUGCGCAUGUGUCCAGAGGGGACAUUACAGAGCUACGAGAGACCCUCCACUCCCAGAGGUCUGCUACCAGAGACUGUGGGCCUGCAUGCAUAGAAACAGAGGUGCUGCCUGAGGAGCUGGUGGUGGGCGGUCCUCGUUGGGUCUCACAGUGGGCAAUUCUUGCUGCCAGCCACAUUCGGACAGACCCAGAGGGAUCGGGUGGCGAGAGUCACAGUUUAGUUAUGGACAAAGAAGUAAGUGAAUCCAGCCAUUCCUUCGACUCAUCUUGUCAAAAAGAACGAAAAAGGACUCUGCCGCAGGUGCCUGGUGAAGAGGUUGCACAAGGAAGGAGGACCCCAGUGUGCACAGAUUUGGGGGAGAAACAGGACACAGAACCGCAAGAGAAGGAGAACCAGGGAGGGAAGAUUGUUAGGGGGAAGAAUGUGCCUGGUCAUGGCAGCCCUUGUCGCUCCUCGCCAGCCAGGUCGCAGGACAGUAAUAGAAGAAGCCAGUCAGGGGCAAUGGCUAUGCUACCCCCUCGUCCAAGGACGAGUGGAGAGAGGAGAAAAGAGGUGGUGCAGAGGAUAAAAAAAGAAGAACAGAACAUCCGAGACAGUGGUGGAAAACCUUAUUUGAGACAGGAGAGUUUUACUGUGGAGAAAUCAAGCUCCAAUGUUCCCAUUGAGCUGAUUCCUCGCAUUGAUGGACUCACAGGUAGUAGACCUUCGAGUCAGGGAGCUGGCAUGGACAGUGUCACACUACAGAAAGACUCUGAGGCAGUGGCAGCAUUUUUAGAGAGCACCAUAUCAGAUCAAGGGGAUCCACCAAGUCAGUCUAUUGAAGGUUCCAUGUCUCCCGAGUCAGAUGUGGACACAACUAGUACAGUAAGCCAGGCCGAUGGAGCUAGGAAAGUGGUUCAAAAACGGCGUAUUCUUGUGGGACAUCAAAAAGAGAAAACAGUGGUUUGCUCUAACAAUAAAGGCCUAAAUGUUAGCCGAGAUACUCAUGACAAAAGGGUUAAGACCAGAACAUCUGGCCCUGCGCAGCCGUGGACGUCUCUGGACCUCACAGAUGAUGAUGUCAAUUCUAACUCACUUCUGUCUGACACGCAACCCACUUCCACACAGGAAACCCGAGGUUCACGUGCUAGAGCCCUGGCAGGAAGCACAACAGUGGGGGCCAGCACCAAAUCUACUAGGGCUAAGACCACCCAGCCCCCUGCUUCUGUCCCAGCCUGUAAAACAACAGGUGUCCCAAAACCAAGACCAACAAGGGCAUCCUUACUGAGGAGAGCCUGGCUAGGGGACUCCACUGACACCGAACCUGCUGAUCUGGACAAGAUGUCUGUGGCCUCUGAGGCUUCAACCACUAGUUCCACAUCCAGAACAGGGAUGGUAAAAAGGGGAAUGUCUAGGAUAGAGGCUCUGGCACAGCCGAGGAGGCCAAGGGUUGGCUCACCUUCUGCCCAGAGUGACUCUGAAGCCACUGUGACCAGGAAUAGAGGAUUUGGAACAAGAAGUACUGUUGGUGAGUUUGCUAUUCGACAAGGACUAAGAGGGUGCAAUAUGUCCUCAGUAGCUGGACCCAGAGCUAGAGCUAACAGUGCCUCCAAACUGCCAGAUAAAAGUAAAUCCCCGUCCUCACAUGGACACGUCACACCAGCAGUCAACACUCGAUGGCGCCGUGUGCCUGUGGACUAUGCCUCCACCUCAGAGGAUGAGUACGGUUCCAACCGCCAUAUGUCUAAACAGGGCAAUGCACGGUCGGUACCUUCCACACGGGUGGCCCAACUAGGUGGCUCAGGACCAUGUGCUCCUAAUCCUGCUGGACUGAAGCCACAGUCUAGAGAGCAGGAUGAGUAUAUGAGAGACUGGACAGCACACAGUGAGGAAAUAGCCAGGAUUAGCCAAGACUUGGCCAAAGACUUAGCCAUGCUUGCAAGAGAAAUUCACGAUGUUGCUGGAGAGAUUGACACAGUGAGCCCAGCAGCCACUGACCUUGGAGUCUUGUUGGAGGGGCAUGGCUGUGAUGACAGUUUGGACAAAGUUGGUCCCUCCACAGAUCAAAGCAGCAGCCUGGAAAAUAAUGGGAUGUCAGUUGAACUGAGACCGAGGUCUUCUAGUUCACAGGCAUCUCGCUCCAUUCGUCGACAGACAUGGAACAGAGAUGAAGCAGUGCUAGAAAGUUUACUUCUACCAUCUGUGAAUCAACUCUCAACCAGGAUACGUCAAUCAGUCGACAAGACAGCCAGUAAGAUCAGGGUAUUGUUCAAAGAUAAAGACAGGAAGUGGGAAGAGAUUGAGAGCAAACUUCAGGCAGAGCAUGACUCCUUACUGCUGAAGAGUUCCAACAAGGAGAUUUCCACAAUCAUUCAAGACCUAAAACGGGUGGAAAGACAACUGCUUGUCAUUGAUAUGAUGGUGGACCCAGAUGGUACCCUAGAUGCCCUGACCAGCCUAGGCCUAACCAGCCCUUUGGCUGACCAAAAGAGUACAGAAUCGUCUUUUCCGUCUGGAGCAGAAGCUUCUGCCACGGUGCUCUCGGGCACCAGGCAUGAAGCAGCCCGAAAUGAAACGGAGCAAUCACAGGUCGCAGAACAAUUCCCAGGUUCCCAACAGAUGUCUGGAUAACUAACAACCCUUUAAAGCCCCUGAUUAAUGCACUCUUUGUAUCGGAGGAUGCCCCUGGAGACAAAAUUCCAUUUCAGAAUAAAGGACUGCUGGUAUUUUGGUUUUGAAAGAGGAAAAGUAAGUGAUCUGCCCGCUGAUUUGAGAACAGUAAAUAACCAAACAAGUUUCAAAACCCAUAUGCAUCAUGACUUAACAAAGCAUCAUCUCAUCUUUUUGCACUAUGUUUUUAUUACCCAAAGUCUUGUAUGUAUGUGGUUACUAAACAUGUCUGCAAUGUAAAUACAUUAAAAAUGUAACAGAGCAAAUGCAAAAUCUGCUAAUUGUAAAUACAUUAUAAAAAUGUUGGCAAGGUCUGUCUCAGUAAUAAUGUUCAGAAGUUUAUUUGCUGAGAAAACAUGUACAUGAUUUACCCUCCGUUUCUUACAGUCAAAUCCAUGCAGUGAGGCCGGGGAUGCACUGAUUUCUUUUAAUGAUUGUGCUCUAAUCAACACAAGUUGCUCAUUAAGAGGAAGAAAAGAGGAGAAUAAUUAACAUAAGGUGAACAUAUUGUUUUUGAAGACCUCUGAAUCCCUUUUUUUCAAAACAAUUUGUGGUCUUACCUUUUUUAGUAUAUGUCAGCCUGCAUAUGUUCACCAAGAAAAGCGCUGUUAUUCUAUUUACUGUAAUUUAUUUUAGUUUUUAUAGCAUCUUAGCUCGUUUGCAACAAGCGACCAGUGAGCGAGAGUACUGUUAACCUUACACUUUGACAUUUCUCUGAAGGUUAUUGUCUGUUCCGCAGGAAUAAUGAUGUCAUACUUACAUAAAAGACAAAGGAGGUAGAAUGAUGAACGGCCUGAUCUGCUAAGAUCCAAACAGGAAUUGCUAAACAGCGUGCUCUAAGUAUAUAAUAGCGUGUACUAUUACUGGGCAUGUUGUGUGUGAUCUACACUUAGACUGCAUGUACAAUUGACAACUGACCACCCUUUUUUAUGUGCGGAUUUUGUGUGUAUAUCAAAUGUCACCGUGGAAACACUCAUUUCCCUCCACAUUUAUAGCAUCAUAUGGUCCAAACUGUUGCGUUUUGUCAUGUUGUUGACAUGCAGCACACAGAUAUAAUGUCUACCACUUUUUCCAAGGUGUAUUGAAUGUUAUUUAUAUAUACAAAACCCAAAACCAAUGAAGUUGGGACGUUGUGUAAAUCGUAUAUAAUAACAGAAUACAAUGAUUUACAAAUCCUUUGAAAUGUGGACUCGUCAGACACCGGAACACUUUUCCACUUUGCAUAGUCCAUCUCAGAUAAGCUCGGGACCAGCGAAGCCGGCGGUGUUUUCGGGUGUUGUUGAUAAAUGGCUUUGGUUUGGCACAGUACAGUUUUAACUUGCACUCACAGAUGUAGCGACCAACCUUAGUUACUGACAGUGGUUUUCUGAAGUGUUCCUGAGCCCAUGUGGUGAUGUGCUUUACACACUGUCGCUUAUUGAUGCAGUACCGCCUGAGUGAUCGGAGGUCACGGGCAGUCAAUGUUGGUUUUCCGCCUUGCCGCUUACAUGCAGUGAUUUCUCCAUAUUCUCUGAAACUUUUGAUGAUAUUACGGACCGUAGAUGGGGAAAUCCCUAAAUUUCUUGCAAUAGCUCGUUGAGAAAUGUUAUUCUUAAAAUGUUCGACAAUUUUCUCACGCAUUUGUUCACAAACAUUUCAUGGAAGCAGCUUUUAUACCCAAUCAUGGCACCCACCUGUUCCAAUUAGCCUGUUCACCUGUGGGAUGUUCCAAAUAAGUGUCACUUUUUGUCAGUCUUUUUUGCCACUUGUGCCAGGUUUUUUGAAACAUGUUGCAGGCAUCAAAUUCCAAGUGAGCUAAGAUUUGCUGAAAAUAACAAAAUUUACCAGUUUGAACGUUAAGUAUCUUGUCUUUGCAGUCUACUCAAUUGAAUAUAGGUGGAAAAGGAUUUGCAAAUCAUAUUAUUUUGUUUUUAUUUAGAAUUGAUA